AGUCCCGAAUCCAUUCUUUUGAACCACCGAUCGCGGGCUAGUCGCUCUUAACUCUCAACUUGGAUAAUUGUUCUAACAUUUCCUGGUCAACUCCAUAACCCACACAAGUCAGCAGGAUAGCAAUACGAAUCCCCCAAAUGGUUGCUACGUCCUCAGUUUCCCCAUCUUCGUCAUCAUUCCCAGUCUCUCUGCUCUUUCUUCUUCUUCUGUCUUCACAGGCUUGCUUCACUUUUGCGCACGCUCGCACAACUGUUAAGUUUCUUCCGGGGUUUCAAGGCCCUCUUCCUUUCCAUCUCGAAACAGGGUAUGUGGGAGUUGGAGAAUCGGAGGAUGUGCAGCUCUUCUACUACUUCGUCGAGUCAGAGCGAAGUCCGAAACAAGACCCUUUGGUGCUCUGGCUAACUGGAGGCCCUGGUUGCUCUGCUUUAUCUUCCCUUCUCUUUGAAAUAGGUCCAAUUCAUUUUCGGAUUGAGGAAUACAAUGGUACUCUGCCUACGCUUGAUUUAAAUCCGGACUCAUGGACGAAGGUUUCCAGCAUAAUUUUUAUAGAUUUACCUGCUCAUACUGGAUUCUCCUAUACAACACUCCCCAUUGCUCCUCAGCGGAGUGACUCUAAACAAAUCCAACACGCCGUUCAAUUCUUCUGGAAGUGGUUGACUAUUCACUCGGAAUUCCGCUCCAACCCGAUAUACGUUGGCGGGGACUCAUAUUCUGGAUUGAUUGUCCCUGCUGUUGCCCUUGAAAUCUCGAAAGGAUAUGAGAACAGUAUAGAUACUGCAAUUAAUUUCCAGGAAACCCCGGAACAGACGGUGCUAUAGAUGACAACCAUAAGAUCCCAUUUGCUCA